GUGUUCGAGCAAGCCAUGGUUGCAUUGGAUGGGGCGGAGGUGCCUCCUCCAGCAGCCGAGCCGAAGCUCUGGGCCCUCUUUAAGCCAAGGAAGGUCCUCUGUGAGGCAAUACAGGAGAAAAGCGACGGCACCGAAACUCUACGGAGACGUAUGCGGCGCUGGUAUGAAAAGGAGAUGGUGCAGAUCGGGAAGACAGUUGGCGUUGGAUUGGAGGAAGAGAGCCUGAAGGACAAGCAUUGGGUCAUCGUCACCGGCCUCUCUUGGGCAUCUGAUGGCCUCGUGCUGUUGACCAAUGAUGGCAUCUUCGCACAGACGCUGGCUAGCGCCGAGAGCAACAUACUGUCUGCGUUCGAUGUCAAAAUUCAAGGCGUGAGCCCUGAAGCUGAGAGAGGUGACCCUCCCGUCGACCUUCUGCACAAGUGGCGGACUGGAGCAAAAGCCGGGGGUGUCAAGUACGGCCGCGUGUGGUGCAGCAUGACAAAGCGCACGGGCGCCACUUCGCGGUUGAGAGUCAAGUAUGUGGAGUCCCCUGAGCGACCCAUUGACAUGCUCCUAGACGCCCACGGCAUGCGUGUGCAGACGAUCCGCCGCUACGCCUUUGGACCGUACCUUGUGACCGACGUGCCGCAAGACCGAGUGCUGCGCAUUCCGAUCCACAAAAGCCUCCGGCACUUGAUUCCGGUGGCCGACAUGCGCCAAGCGCUCGUCCCCGUGCGUGGAGCUCUCAUUGAG